AUGUCAUUUGGGUUUGGCGGCGGCACUGGCUUCGGCCAGAAUACUCAGAAUCAAUCGUCCGGCUUUAGUGGAUUCGGAACUAAUAACACAGGCACAAACACAGGCUUUGGUGGCUCAUCUGGAACCACUGGCUUUGGCUCCGGAGCCAAUACAGGAACCACCGGCACCGGCAUGUUUGGCGGCGGCGGCACCGGCAGCACCGGCGGCGCGUUUGGCGCGAACACCACUGGCGCAUUCGGCGGUACCGGUGCAUUUGGAAGCAAACCAGCUUUUAGCACACCGGCCACAACCAGCGCCGGCGGGGGGUUGUUCGGCAGCGGCGCUACCACAACAACAACAACAGCAGGCGGGACAGGCUUCGGUGGCGGCUUUGGGGGCUCAAAUACCACCACCAGCACACCCUUCGGUGGCGGCAGUUCGUCGCUCUUUGGUGCCAAGCCUGCGACAACUGGUUUCGGGGCGGGAACCUCGACUUUCGGCACUGCCGGUAGCACCGGUGGCGGUGGCCUUUUCGGGGGCGGCGCGGGAGCCGGCACCACAGGCUUCGGCGCCACGACCAACCCCGGCAUCGGGACGAACAUCGGAGACCCUCCCGGAACAGCUGUUGUCCCCUUCUCUCCCACCGUGGAGAAAGAGAACAAUACUACUCAAAGCAAUUCGUUCCAGAACCUCCUCUUUAUGGAUGCAUAUAAGAAGUGGUCUGCAGAUGAACUAAGAUUGACCGACUACAACCAAGGUAGAAAGACAGGUGGUACCGGCGGGACAGGCGCAUUUGGCGGCUCUAAUUUUGGUGGCGGUACAACCGGUUUUGGUACCAACACAGCCAGCACCGGAUUCGGGACCAACACUGGAACAGGCAUGUUUGGAAACACCCAACCGGCGGCGACGGGCUUCGGCGCGACCAACACCGCAACGACUAGCGGGUUUGGCAGCGGCGGUGGUGGUCUGUUCGGCAACAAGCCCGCAGCGGGCGGCAUGUUCGGAAACACCGCCACCACCCAACCCGCACAGACUGGUGGAAUGUUUGGCGGAGGUGGUACCGGCGCGUUCGGGGGUGGUGGCGCUACGACGACCGCGGGCUUCGGAGCGAAUACGGGCGGUACGGGCGGCGGUAUGUUCGGAGGCACCAACACAGCGGCAGCCAAGCCUGCCGGAUUCAGCUUCGGCAACACCGGCGCCGGUACUGGCGGCGGUGCAUUCGGCGGAACAACCGGAACGCCCGGUUUUGGUGCAAACACCACUGCCACCAACACUGGGGGUGGCGGCUUGUUUGGAAAUACCGCUCAGACCAACACCGCCGGUGGUGGCCUUUUCGGAGGUCAACAACAACAACAACAACCGCAGCAGCAAACUACCGGCACAGGCUUCGGCGGCGGCACCGGCUUCGGAGCCCAAACCCAAAACACCGGAGGUGGCUUAUUCGGCGGCCAACAGCAACAACAAAAGCCCGGUGGUCUAUUCGGCGGUGCAACAACGAACACCGGAACUACCGGUGGCCUGUUCGGCGGUGCGAACACCGGGGCGACGUCUGGGUUUGGCGGAAACACGGCAGCGCAGCCUGCAGCGGGUGGCGGCCUGUUUGGCAACAAGCCCGCAGGCACCGGCGGAGGUUUAUUUGGCGGCAACACGACCGCUCAACAAGGUACUACUGGCGGCGGCCUCUUUGGCAACCUCGGGGGCAAUACACAAGCCCAGCAGCCUGCACAAGGCGGCCUGUUCGGCGGUCUAGGUCAGAGUGCACAAGCCAAACCCUCCCUCUUCGGCAAUUCGGCGCCCGCAGGAGGCGGCCUUUUUGGCAACCAACCCGCCCAGCAACAACAGGGCGGUAUGUUCGGCGCCAGUAACAACCAGCAGCAGCCGCAGCAGGGCAUGUUGGGCAACUCCCUCCUCGGCGCCUCUCAGGGCCAACAAACGCCCCAACAGGCUUUCAACGCGAGCCUUCACGACAUCUCCGCAUACGGGGCUGCGACACUCUUCUCCGGGCUGCCGGAUGACAAGAUUCAGAACCCCGGCCCACUUGCGACUCCCCUGUCUGGCACCUCCAAGGUUAAGAGCCGGUCCAUCUUGCCCAUGUACAAGCUCAGCCCGGCCAACGCCUCGCGCCUUGUCACCCCCCAGAAGAGGGGUUACGGAUUCUCAUACAGCGCCUAUGGCUCUCCCGCCAGCCCAUCGAGCGUUUCCAGCACCCCUGGUGGUUUCUCACAGAGCCUCCUUGCCGGCAGCAUCAACCGCAGCCUGGGCAAGAGCAUCUCGGCUAGCAACCUGCGGCGCAGCUUCAACGUCGAGGACAGCAUCCUCCAACCUGGCGCUUUCUCCGCCAACUCCAGCAUGCGUCUGCUCGGCAACGGUGGUAACCACAAGAAGCUGGUUAUCAACAAGGAAAUGCGGAGCGAUUUAUUCACUUCGCCUAACAAGGAAAAGCAGGUUCCGGAAGACGCCAACGGCUCGAGGAAGCUGGCAAAGCGUGUCAGCUUCGACACCAGCACGGUUGAGACCGCCCCCGAAAGCCGCCCGGCCACUCUGGAGAAUGGUUCCAGCACUGACGACCAGGCCCAGCUCAAGCCGAGCACUGCCGCUCGUCCUAGCACCAACGGCGUGAAUGGCGCCAAGUCGUCACCUGCCACUUCCGCUCCGGAGAUGGAGCAGGUUAAGGGCAACGAACUCGCCAUUGUCCCUGAAGAGGAGUCGCCUGUGGCCGUGCGGACCGAGAAGAAGCUCGGUUCCACGAUCGAGCCGGGCGGCUACUGGAUGUCGCCAAGCGUUGAAGAGAUCCGUGCUAUGAACAGGGUGCAGCGCCAGCGGAUCCCCGACUUCACCGUCGGCCGCGAGAAUGUUGGCAGCGUCACCUUCAAAAUUCCCGUUGACCUCAGCAACAUCAAUCUCGAUGAGCUAUUCGACGGCAUUGUCGUCUUGGUUCCCCGCUCUGCCACCGUUUACCCCGUGGCGGCGAAGAAGCCUCCCGUCGGCAAGGGGCUGAAUGUACCUGCAGUCAUCUCGCUCGAGCACUCGUAUCCUCGUGGUGGUCUCGCGACCACUGGCCGUCGCCUCGAGCGUCACAUCGAGAGGCUCAAGACGGCUAUUCCCGACACGACUUUCGAGAGCUACGAAAAGGAAACCGGCGUUUGGACAUUCUCGGUGGAGCAUUUCACAACCUACGGUCUAGGUGACGAUGACGAUGACGACGACGAAACCGAGAUGGAGUCCAUCCAGGCUCGUCGCGCAAUCUUGAGCCCAUCGGUUGUUAAGGACUCGACCUCCCCUUCCGAUCCCGACGACACUUUCGAAUUCAGGCGCAGCCGGCGCGCUGUUCCCGGCGCUUUCGAUGAUGCCGCAUUGUCGGACAAUGAGGAGGUUUCCAAUGCCGCUCAACGUCAGGGUACGCUGACUCCUGAACCCCAGGAGGCUGAUGCCCCCUUGCCGUCACGCGAAUGGCCUGAAGAUGAAAGCAUGGCUGACGGACCCGAUGACUACCAGCUCGAAGCCUAUGAACAAUCGUCUCAGCAGGGAUCCGUCGACGACCAGGACGAUUUCUCCCGCUACGCCGACAACGAGGCGCAGGUCCCUGCUGGAAUAAUGAGGGCGCGUAUGCGGGCCUUCAAGAAGUCGACGGCACCUACGAGGAUUGAGGUGGCUGGUGGGGAUGAUUGGACGCAGAUUUUGCAGGCGAGCGUGCGGGCGCCGAGGACGGUGGAUCGGGCGACGUUGCGCGCUAUGAACGAGUCGGGGGCGGUUUGGGAUAUUAAGGACCGGGGCAGCCCUGCCCCUCAGAGGAAUGCCCCUGCGCCCGAUGGAGCAGGUUUUGCAACGAGUAUCGAUUUGAUGAAGUCGCUUUUCGAGCAGGCAAAGGGCCCGGCGCAGCCGGUGCAGCCGGUGCAGGCGUCGCCAACGAAGGGUUUCGUGAAGUGGCCUUACCAACAACGUCCCAAGGUCGACGCAGAAGAGGGCCCGUCAGUUCCGCGAACCAACUGGGGCCCUAACGAACUGCUCGUCACUACUCACCAUGGGGAGCCUAGCCUGCAACCGGUCGACGGGACUUUACCUGCUGCCGAUUCUUCAGCAGGAUCGCCCGAGACCCUAACUCGGCUCCAACACUAUAUCGACAAUAUCUCCGGCAAGGAGGGGCAGCCAAUCGCCGGCCCCGAGUUCCGGGAGCUGGCUCUCGGUGACUCUUCUUGGGAGCUAGCGUCUCUUCUUUUUGACGACAAUGGAUACAGCCUGCCUGUUUUCUGGAGACAAUUAGUGUCUGCCGCCACCGACCGUGCACUUGCUCAGGAGCCUGGGCUUGAGGAAAAGGCGAUCAUCUGCCUCGCAGGCAAUCGCGUCGGCGAUGCUUGCGGCCACCUCCUUGCGGCAGGGAACUUCCGGCUGGCCACUCUCGUUUCUAGCAUCGGCACGCAGAACAAGGACAUGAAGGCUCAGCUUAAGGACUGGCGGGAGUCGAAUGUGCUGGCCGAGUUUUCCAAGCCUAUCCGGGCUAUCUAUGAGCUCUUGGCCGGUAACGCUGGUGUCUGCUCGGGCGUCAAGAAUGCUCCUAUUGAGAACCGCGUCGACUCAUUUACCAUUUCUCAGCGUUUCGGUUUGGACUGGAUGCGGUCGUUUGGUCUUCGUCUCUUUUACACCACCGGGGCCGUCCCUAAUGUUGCGGAGGCGGUCCGUUCCUUCCAGGCCGACAUUGAGCAGGACAAAGAGCCAGAGCCGGACAGCGCUCUGUGGUCGCUCCUCAAGGCGUUUGCGAACCAAGACUUCGACUGGUCGGAUACUCGCCUUGGGUGGCUCAUGACCAAAGCCAUCUACGCCACGGGCAAGGUCUCGUUCGGACAAGAUGCGGCCGAGAAGCUCGACAUGGCGUCUCUGUCUUUUGCAUCCAGCUUGACGGUGCAGUCCCAGUGGGUGCCGGCUACCUUCGUCCUACUCCAGCUAUCCGACGCUGGCUCCCGCGAAGCUGCCGUGCGCGACCACCUCGGCCGCCACGCCCACCGGAUCGGCUCGGCGCGCAACCCAACCGGCGCCUUCUCCGCCCUGCGCAAGUUCGGCGUGCCCGAGGCGUGGAUCUGGGAGGCCAAGGCCCUCGACUUCCGCACCCGCGGCGACUCGCAGCAGGAGUUCCUCGCCCUCGUCUGGGCGCAGAACUACGCCGAGGCCAACCAGGCUUUCGUCCACCGCGUCGGGCCGGACCUGGUCAUCGAGCGCGACUUCAACCGCCUGUUCCGCUUCGCGCAGCUGCUGUUCAAGGUCAAGGGGAAGCUGCAGGACUGGGACCGCGCGGCUGCCGUGUAUCUGCUCUACCCCAUGGCGCGGGUGCAGAGCAGGCAGCAGGGGCUGGACAAGUUCGACCACCAGCUCUUUGACGGGCUGGUGGCGCUGCGCGGGCAGACGCAUGGGGAUAUCCGCCAGGAGGCGGCGAUUGGGGAUAUGGCGGAGGAGCUGAUCCGGUGCAGGGGCGGCGAUCCGAGACUGUUCGGGCUGCUGCCGGGGGAUGUGCGGGGGAAGUACAUGCGGACGCAGGCGCUGGAGAAUAUCUGCUGA